GCAUUGUUCAGUGAAGUGGUAGUGUGUGGAUGAAUGAACUCACCUCAACUUCAAGAAGUAACCAUCUACUCAAGGGAUAUGAAGGGCCUAAUGUGCGGCACAACCUGAAACCCAGAGAGGAACUUCUCCAAGGAGCUGGCAGACCGGCAGACCGAGCCUGCAGAAUUUCCUUAUUUUGCUUCCCAAGAAAUAACUAUCAAGAACCAGAAAGAUGUACGGAAAUGGGAAUCCUUAUUUGGCAUGAAAUGACUCAAACAGAAAGACGAAUGCUGUGUGAAGCCAUGUGCUUGUGAAAUCUAAAAAUGUUCCUCUUCUACGAGUCGACAGUUGAAUGCCGACCAUGACUGAUGGUAAAACCGUGGGGCUGAGUCAUGUCUGCCUGCAGCCGCUGCGACACUGAGAUCUGAAACCCUGGCGAGGACGGGCUCUGCUCCCUUGGAGGAAAUGGCCGAGCAGCCUCAGUCACAGCAGAUGAAAACUUCCUUCCUUUUCAUCCAGCUGCAGCCCCCACCAACCCGAGCUACCCAAACUCUCCCCGCCCCUUCUCCAGCCACCGCGGUCUCAACAGCAGCCCCAGGGGGCCUGGAGGAGGGACACAUUUUCCCAAGUCCCAGAACAAGCUUCUUCUCUGCUCCCUGGAACUUCAGAUGUACACAGGGCUCAGCUACUUCGCCUUCCAGCCUGCUGCCCGGGGAAGGCCCUGGAAAACUGAGACCAGCUGCUUUCAAUUGCUACUCACUGAAGGAAAAGAAGGAAGAAACAGAGAAAUCUCAGAAUCUGCAUGUAAAGAGGAGUGGGGUUUGUGGAUCCCCACGUAGUAGUAGGCAUUGCCUGGUUCCUGCUUCUAGGAAACUUGGCCUACCACAACAGCUGCCAUGUGGGCUUGCUAGCCCAGCUCCUACACUGAGUGAUGGAAACAGCAGUCCUUCCAUAGGCUGGAAGCACUGGCCAGUCAUUUCUGCCCACGAGGACCUGUGGGAUAUGGACCCAGAAGCCAGGAAUGUCAUCGAAUUUUCAGUUCCACAAAGCACCCGGUCCUAUGCAGCUGACAGGGGCAAAAGGGCACUCCAGAGGAGAGAGACUGUAAACCAAGAGGUACUCCCAACGAACUGUGCCGAAGACCUAGUUACCACAGCGCUGGCAGUAAGGGCACAGCUCUUCAGAUAUUGCCCGACCCUUCAGAUCAGCCAGAGCUGCCGGGCCCCACCUGCUGCUGUGCCUCUCAAGGCAGAGCCGUUUGUUUGGGUUAACACUGCAUCAGCACAUUCCCAGAGUGUUGCCAAGGCAAAGUACGAAUUUCUGUUUGGCAAGUCAGAAGAGAAAACUCCGGAUACUAGUGAUCAUGGAGGAAGCACUUUACUCCCACCGACUGUCACAAAUGAAUUUCCAGAAUAUGGGACCAUGGAAGAAGGAGGGGAAGGCCUCAGAGCCUCUCUAGACUUUGAUGCAAAGUCUCCACCAUGCCGCUUGCCUGGGCAGCAGGCAGUCCACCUUCUUGCUGGACAAGACUCUAUGCUUAACAGUGUUACAGAAGGACCAAAUGAUGCCCCUCAGUGCCACCCUCAGGAACAAAGUUUACAACCCAUUGACUCUUUAAUUUCUGCUCUGAAAGCUACGGAAGCCAGAAUAGCUUCAGGAACAUUUCAAGCUACAAAGGUACUGGACAAAGAUGCUAACUUUUCAGUUUACCAUGUGGAUAAAGAACUGAGUACUGCCAGUCAUAAGCCACAGAGAGCCCAUAGAACAUUUCCUGUUGGCCCAGGAAAAUCACCAGAUAUACCUCUUUCAGUGGAAGUACCAACGGAGGAAAAAUUGUCUUUGCACAUCCAGGAGGACCUGACUGCACUCUUACCUGAAGAAGCUCAAGCACAACUGUCCCAGAUAACUAAUUACAGGAGACAGGGGCCUCUCCGUGUGCCAGAGUCAGCAUGUCCUGUGGCCUCAAGUUCAGCAGGGAGCCAUAACCCUGUGGACAGAGUUGGUGCUUUAAGAGAUCAGAGGUCUGACCUCGGAAGAGAGCACCCUAGAGGAUAUGAUCGGGGAGGCUCCAUGGGGCGCCAAGGCAGGAGCAAACAUGUAGAAUUUCAAGGAGUAGAGAUACUGUGGACAGGAGAGGAGGCAGAGAGCCGACAUCCAGGGGACUUUGAGACAUCACCAGAAAGGACAGCCUCGCCUGUGAGCCAAGAGUUUGCCAAACGGCCAAGUCAUUCUAGCCCAGCUGGUGGUGUGUGUGGCAACUCCACUCAUUUAACUGGGAAUGUUUGGGAUGAAACUUGCAAAGCUCCUUCCACAAGGCCUGGCACAAGCAUAGGCACACUGUCCCCGAUGCCUCUUGGUGAGAGUGGAGAGGAUGACGUCUUCCUGAGAGAAAGCAAAGAACACCUUGAGGAGAACGUUGAUAUACAGGGAGACAAAGAAAGGUUUCUCGAUCAAGAGGAGCACCUCAGGGGAGGAGAUGAUGAUAUUCUUGGGCCUGGAUAUACGGAGGACUCCACCGAUGUGUACAGCAGCCAAUUUGAAACCAUUUUGGACAACACUUCCCUAUACUACAGCGCAGAGUCAUUAGAGACGCUGUAUUCGGAGCCGGAUAGCUAUUUUAGCUUUGAAAUGCCGCUUACUCCAAUGAUACAGCAGCGCAUUAAAGAAGGCGGUCAGUUCUUGGAGAGGACCUCUGUGGGAGGACAUCAUGAUGUGCUGAGUGUGUCAGCAGAUGGUGGGAUAGUGAUGGGCCAUUCUGCAGGGAUCACCAACGGAUUGCACGAUUCUGCCAACUCUGUCUACACCAGAGGCCCUCAGGAGAUUGCCUUCUGGGGAAGUAGGGACCGUUGCUUUGCUGAGGGGAAGACAACACAACUAGAUGCUGGUUCUGCAAUGGGGAGCACUGACAUUCUGGAAAAGGAGCCCACAGAGAGUCUGAGCAAUGGCACUAGCAGCAAUGUGGAAGCAGCUAAAAGAUUGGCCAAACGCUUGUACCAUCUAGACAGAUUCAAGAGAUCGGACGUUGCAAAACAUCUAGGCAAAAACAAUGAAUUUAGCAAGCUAGUUGCAGAAGAGUAUCUGAAGUUUUUUGAUUUCACAGGGAUGACGCUGGAUCAGUCUCUCAGGUAUUUUUUAAAAGCGUUUUCUCUUGUGGGAGAAACCCAGGAGCGUGAGAGAGUAUUAAUACAUUUCUCCAAUAGAUAUUUUUCUUGUAAUCCAGACACUAUCACCUCAAAAGAUGGAGUUCAUUGCCUCACCUGUGCUAUGAUGCUGCUCAACACAGAUCUUCAUGGCCAUGUGAAUAUUGGAAAGAAGAUGACCUGCCAGGAGUUCAUCACGAAUCUCCAAGGAGUAAACGAAGGUGGGGAUUUCUCCAGGGAUCUCCUGAAAGCUCUGUACAACUCAAUCAAGAACGAGAAGCUUGAAUGGGCAGUAGAUGAUGAAGAGAAAAAGAAAUCUCCCUCGGAAGGUACUGAUGAGAAGGCUAAUGGAACGCACCCAAAGACUAUCAGUCGUAUUGGGAGUACAACUAACCCAUUUUUGGACAUUCCUCAUGACCCAAAUGCUGCUGUGUACAAAAGUGGAUUUUUGGCUCGUAAAAUCCAUGCUGAUAUGGAUGGAAAGAAGACUCCAAGAGGAAAGCGAGGAUGGAAAACCUUCUAUGCCGUCCUGAAGGGAACCGUUCUUUACUUACAAAAGGAUGAGUAUAAGCCAGAGAAGUCUCUGUCCGAUGAAGACUUGAAGAAUGCGGUGAGUGUGCACCAUGCUCUGGCGUCCAAGGCCACUGACUACGAGAAGAAGCCGAACGUGUUUAAACUCAAGACUGCAGACUGGAGGGUCUUGCUUUUCCAGACCCAGAGUCCAGAGGAAAUGCAAGGCUGGAUAAACAAAAUUAACUGUGUGGCAGCUGUGUUUUCUGCACCGCCUUUUCCGGCAGCCAUUGGCUCUCAGAAGAAGUUUAGCCGCCCACUUCUGCCAGCCACCACAACAAAAUUAUCCCAGGAGGAGCAGCUGAAGUCCCAUGAAAGCAAGCUGAAGCAGAUCACCACUGAGCUGGCUGAGCAUCGCUCGUAUCCCCCAGACAAGAAGGUCAAAGCCAAGGAUGUCGAUGAGUACAAGCUGAAAGACCACUAUCUAGAGUUUGAGAAAACCCGUUAUGAGAUUUAUGUCAGCGUUCUGAAAGAAGGAGGCAAAGAGCUCCUGACUGCGGAUGGAAAUGAGCCAGUGGGACUGAAGAAGUCACACUCAAGUCCUUCCCUUAACCCAGAUGCAUCUCCUGUCACUGCCAAGGUCAAGCGCAACGUGUCAGAGAGAAAAGACCACCGACCUGAAACACCGGGCAUUAAGCAAAAAGUUACUUAGAAUCCAUCCGCGGCCAGGAAGUGCUGGUCAUGGAGCAAAAUAGGGUUUUUCAAGAUCUUUCUGGUAAUCCGUGAAUAUAUUUAAAAAAGUCUGUGACUACACGGUGCAUUAGUAACCUUUUCUAUUAUAUACUUUUGUUAGCUUCUGUGCAGGUGUCUUUGCUCUUGAGUUCCUUUGCUUUGAUGAUUUGGACAACUUUAUAACUAAUGCACCUUUUGUGCGGAGGAGAGCUACAGAUCCUUCUCUUCUGCUUUCUCUUAUUUGCACUUCUAUACAGUUAUUUUAUGUAUUACCAAUCAAUGGUUUUAUUUUUUUUUUAGGUUUGAAUUUUUAAUCCAUUGUGAAACCCAUAACUGGACAAGCAUUGUGCUUUAGUAAAUCCUAGACUUUACAUGUGAAAUCCUGCCCAGUCACGGAGGUGAAGUUGAAAGUUCAUAGUUGCUCACAUAAAAAUGGCAGUGCUGGGAGUCAAGGUGUCCCAAGGUGGGACACUUGUGUGUUCUUCCUGGCACCUGUUGAUGGUGCUGGACACAGGACAAAAGGGAGCAUGAGGAUGACAUGGAGACCUUAGGGAGGCACAGGAGUUUGUCUCAGAUGGACACUCCAUCCCAGCCAUGCAAGGGAAUUCAGAAGUGGAGUCAUCUUGCUUGAAGGGAGACUGACGAUGGCUGAUGGCUUGACCUGAGCCACUUUGGUUUUCUAAAGGCUGGUGGCAGUAAUCAGCUCUUCGGAGCUGCAGCAGUAGGAUGUACGGUCUUCUAUAGGAAUGUUACCUCACUCCCGUGGAAUCUAGACUAGGAAUCAAAAUCAUCUCUGUGAUUGAUACCUUUCCAUCCAGGAAUAGAUUCAUUUUACAUAGAUGUGCAGGCAUAGGUCAUGUCCUGGUUGAAACAAAACAAUGUUGGAAAUGAGUACCACCUUCCCCCACAUAUGCUCUUCUCUUUCUUUUCUAUAUCCAGACAAAUAAGGAGCGACACAGUUGCAGUUCUUCAUCAGGAUCAGGCCAUCAGGCAGACUAUGAAAUCAGUCUUAUCACGGAUGAGGAUGAGGGGUCUGAUGUAUGUGCAGUGUCUUAGCUUAUUCUCAUCUCCACCUUUACAGCCGUCUUGCUGUGUCACUAUUAAGAUUGUUCCUGGAAUUACUUGUAUACAUUUAAUCUUAUUUUUUUCCUGUAUUCAAAAAUGGUUUCACCUUACAGUCAAAGCAAUCCCUUUACAAUUUAAAGUAUUAAGUAGAAUAUUGUCUACAGAGGAAGAAAAAUGCGUAAAAGGUGAGCUUCCUCUGUGGCUGAAAACUGUCCAGUUUCCAGCCUUGAAACUGUAGUCUCUAAAACUACUAUCUUCCCAUCAAAAUAUCCUUAAAAACUAACAGGAUAACAUUUACAUAUUCUUUAGUCUCCUUAAAUAUUUCCUCUAUUUCUACUUGGUUAGUUGAAGGUACUAUGACCAGAGAAUCAGCUGCUCUUGCAUGAAUAGCAUGAUUCUAGUAAGUUAGAGUAAGCCUGUUAAAAAAAUCCCGGUAGUUUAUAGAGACAUCUCAUUAGGACGUACUAGCAUUUAGUCACAGGACUGUGUAUCCGCCUGCACUUCUUUCACCUCUGUACAUGCCCACCUUGCUUGUGCCCCAGAAUAGUAACACUUCUCUCCAAUAUAGUAGCUGCUUGCUUCAUGGUAUUUUGCCACACUAUUGGAAAAAACUUCCUUAAAUUUCUAUCUUGUUUAAGUAAAGGCAGUGAUUUAAUUUAUAUCUCAGAACCAUGAAGCGAAUCUGAUAGUUAACAUUGUGGUUCCAUAUACCUGAACUAUUUCAUAGCAUCCUAGUGAACCCAGUAUUUCCCAAGCAAGCUGCCUUUCUUCUAGAAGGUGAACUAUCACUGCCUGCUUUUUGCCUAAGUAUUUGUAAUCCCUGAAGGGAAAGGUACCAAGACCUUGGAGUCUUGAACAUCAUCUUUGAGCAUCAGUAGCUGAAGAACAGUUAAUAUGUCUAAAUGUGUUUGUCCACAGUGUGUGCUAUAUGUAUAGAACGUUUGUGUGUACUUAUGUAGAGUAUCUAAUAUACAUUGAAUGGUACCUUGCUGCAGAGUUUCUGACAUGGAGAGUUGUCUAGGACUACCCUUAGCAUUAGCGCUGCCACUGUUCCUGUUACAGGGCUCACUAGUGUUGGCUCUAGAGCCUCUGGACAUGCUUAUAGAUAAUCAGAUGACAAAGGCACUUUUAAAGCUGUGGACUACUAUGUCUACAUCAUUUAUCUUGAAAAAUAACUGAAGCAGUCUUUUGUGAGUCAGAAUCCCUGCCUGCCCUAGUAUAAUGCUAUUCCUUUGGGGAAUAGGCUAAAAAUGUGUCUUCCCUGAGGCCUCUGGAAGGAUGCUGCAUUCUCAGAUCUGAUGGGACUCUAGGAGUCUGGCCCAUAGCCAACCCCAUUUCUACCACAGUAUUGAGUCCUAAGAAAUGGAAGGUGGUCCGUUGUACAGCUCUUCUAAGCCUGUUGCCCAGUACACGGUACCGGGAGCUCUUGUCCCUCUCCUUUCCAUGGUACUUUAUCCUGUCCCACCUAUACAUACUGUCAUCCCUACCUCAGUGCCCUUGAGUCUUGGAAUUCCUCUCCAUAUGAUAAAGCAUUAUCUAUCUUACGUUAAUACCUUAAAGGGUGAUUCUUAGUAUUGAAAAUAUGAACAAGUCAUCAAAAGACUUAGAUGAUAGUCUCGUUGAAAAACUGACCAUUGAAGGACCCCUGGUAUAAAACCUGUGUGUAUCUUGGGCUUCACCCCUACCUCACAUGCUGGCUUCUAAAAAGAUUUACCAGGAACCCAAUUUUUAAAAUUCUACUCAGAGUCCUUGUUUUAUUGGUAUAUCGUUAGCAUUUCUGAAAAUGAUUUUCUAAAAGUCUAUAUAAUUUAUCUAACUCUUAGCAAUGUCUAAUUAAGUCAACUGUUACUUAUUUAUGUUUUCAUUAUUCUGAAUGAAACCAGCAUGUGGAAGAUUCCUCUGGUAGAAGCAGCUUAUAGGUUAUAUGUAACUUUUUAAAAUUGUGCUUAGAUGGAGCCAUUUUCUCAUGCAACGAUCUUGUAUAGUGCUCUGUGCCCCCCCCCCUUUUUUUUCCCUCAUCCCGAAGGUAAGGACUAUUUCCAAGGCAAAUGUAGUGUAAGGGAAUUGAUUCUGAAAGAGGAAAACCUACUGGUUUUCAAGACCCAGCUAGGGUUGUGUUAUAAUCUCCUUGGGAAGUUGAGAGCAGGAAGGUUCUUCUUCACCUUCUGCCCCUUUAUCAUAUAAAGAGCAAGGAAGAAUGACCAUGCUCUGAAAUAAGAAAAGACCACCCUGAAAUACUCAUCAUCUGCCUUUUUUAUUAGAAGUCAAUUUUCUGUUGUCUUCCCAAAUAAGAGAGACCAUAGAGGAAGUUAGCUGAACAUGGAAUUUUAAUUCUUUGACUUUUUUUUUUUCCUAUUAGUCAUCAGUUCAACCUUGCUUAACAUUAAGUUUGUUAGUUCUGAAUACCUAAGUAUUUGUGGUUUAGCUAUUAUGGAUACAAGAUUUUUUUCAGGUCAUUAGCCACCUUCCUGGUUUUAGCAGGAAAUGAUACUGUUGUAGUGCAGGUAGCAGUGUAUUUCCCCUAUAAAGCUCACACUAGAACUGAAGCAGACUCACAGCAUCAGUUACAUAUACUGUGGUUCAAGAAUGGUAAUGCGCCUUGGGGUCUGAGGCACAUCAGCUCUUGUUUCAGGGCAUCCGUGUCACUCAGACAGAAACAGACCAGUCAGUUUUACAGGCUCCAGCACCUCUUUCUUACCUUUAUUCACCCAAGCCAGGCAGCUCAUAAAUUAGCAGAAGUCUCAGCACCCAUUUGACAUCUGCUGUCAUCAUGCCUUCCAGAGGACUCUAUCAAGCCACAUAAACUAAUCCCUGGCAUAUUACAGAGGUACUUUGUCACUGCACUUCCUUUCAGACUCCUUUUCCAUCCUUCACACUUAACAGGACCGAUAUCUGAGGUCAUUCUCAUUUUGUAUCUAUAGUGGUUGUCUUAUAGCAGUUGGCUCAUUGCAUGUGGAGAGAAUGUCAGUAAAUACUUGAAUCUGCAUGGCAGUUUGCUGACUUGUAUGCAAGAGCAAGGAGCAAGGAAUGCAGCAAGUUACUUGUACAUAUAGUAGGUUUCCUUAGGCCUUGUGGGCACAUCCCUUGUAAUUUAUAUGUAUAUCUGUUGUAUUGAAGCAUUUGGGGAAAUACUUGUAUAGAAAGUAUGUAUGUCAUAUGUCAAAGGAAAUGCUUUCUGUCCCCUGCCAAUGUUGUAUUUGUGGGUAUUUAUAGUUGUAUGUAUGUAUGUGCAUCGAUGUAUAGAUUGUGUAUCAGUAUAUGGUAUAUGUAUGUUGAAAUUAUUUUUGUCUUUUAACAACCAGUAUAAUAUGAAAAGAAAGUUUAAAAACCUCAUAGGAAUGAUUAUAUAGUACAGUCGUUGAGAAUUCAUACAGUGGUAUCAUUUUAUUAAACUUAAAUUCAAAUGAUAUUUUGAUUAAAUUUUUAGUAAGACUUUACACUAGAAAAUUCCAUCUUUAAGCUUUGAAUUACCAGGGCAAAAAUGACUUUAAGCUAAACUUGUGAAUCUAUUGAAGUGUACAGUGUGCAAUACAGUGAGAACUCAUUGUAAUUUGGGAAAUAUAGAAGUUGUUGAGGGGAAAGCCAGCCUGGGCAGUCUUAGCACUUAAAAAUAAAGUUGAGCUGAUAACUUGGGGCUUCUUACAAAAGGUGAUGCUUUCAAGCUCACGUUCUUUAUUGUUGUAAUUAGUCCAGAAAAUGCAUAGCUUUCCGGAGAACUAAGAAACUACCCAAUGUAUCUUUUUUUGUGCUGGUGUAUAUUUUAGAGUAGAUCACUCUCCUGGUGCCGCAUCUUUACCCUCUUUGAUAUAGAAGAAUAUCACAGAUACUGAAUUCUAUCAGGGCAUCCCAAGAUCGGGUACUGUAUUCCAGGUGCGCAAUUGCACAAAUUAACAGCUAGUAUUGUAGGUAAAGGAAUUUAGGAACAGGUUAGACUUUAUUUAAUAUUUUUAUACUUCAGUCUCUUUUUUCCUGACUCUCCCCAAAGAAGAGCCACUGGCCUUAGUUGUUUAAUGUUAUUGCUUAUAUUAUAAAGUGUAAAUAGUAACUAAAGUUUUAUUAACCAGCAUGUUUGGUAUAUUUAAAGCAGCGACUGAGUAUGUUUGAGUGUGUGGUUGAGUGCAGUGCCCGUUGGAAUACACUGCCUCACAUCUCCAUGUCUGAGUCAGAGAAUUGGAAGUAGGGGUCUCAGAUCCCGCUUCAGCUCCAGGCUACAGUCCUGUAUUGCCAGUUACACUUGAGUUUAGUUUUUUAUUAUCUCCUCGGUCUCAAACUAUUUUUUAUAAAUUAUAUUUCUCAAUUUGGUUUUAUGUGUGGUCGGCUGGCUCUGUGGAUAAUCAGCAGGGCUUCUGCAAGAAUAUUUCCUUCUAAGAAUUACUUGGGAUUUGCAGAAAACAGCCAUUGAUUCAUAAGUUGAGUAGUAGAAUUAAAGUAUAUUUUAAGUCAUAGCUACUUGAAAAGUUUUAAUUUUAAUAUGAAGCCAUGAAAGUUGUAAAGCCAAGUAAUCAUUUGACAUGGAUAAUAAUAUUCACACUAGAGAGUAUAUAUGCACAUUGAAUUUUUAUGUCAUUAGAAUACUUUUUAAAGCUUUAGGAAUAAGAGUAAUUAGACCAAAUUAAAGUGCAGGGGUGAGCUGGCUGUUUUCCACUUGGAGUAGUUAUGUAUUAUUAAAUCUUCUCCUAAGAGAUCCAAAACUGAUUAACUGUUCCCUUAGGUGUUUAAGGAGAAAAUGGACAGGCAUAGACCCUCAUCUGUGUAUCUACACACACACACACACACAGAGAGAGA